AUGGGUGAAAUAGGCAAUGAAAGCAUGGAUUUCGACGUGGUCAUCAGGAAUGCCACUGUUGUGACAGCGUCCGAGAUCCUGCAGCCCGGGCUCUCGAUCGGUAUCAAGGACGGCAUCAUUGUUGCUAUAGCUCUCUUCCUCCCAGUUGGAGCAUCAACUAGAGUCAUCGACGCAGAGGGAGCCUAUGUGACUCCAGGCGGCGUGGACUCGCAUGUGCACUUACAUCAGGACAACGCUCCGACCGGCGACAAGUGGCUGACUGGAUCUCGCUCUGCUCUGGCUGGUGGCAACACCACCAUACUCGCCUUCGCAACGCAGUCGAGGACGCAGGAGUCAUUGUUCCCGGUGGUGAAAGAGUAUCACGAUCGCGCAGAUGGCCAGUCCUAUAUCGAUUAUGGGUUCCAUCUUAUCCUGACGAAGCCAACCGAGAAGAUUCUACAGGAGGAGCUGAAAGCCAUGGUCGACCAGGAAGGAAUCACGAGCGUCAAGCUCUACAUGACCUAUCCGGCCAUGAAACUCGGGGAUGGCGACAUGCUCGAGAUCAUGAUGCAAGCGAGAGCAUUGGGUGUGACGACGAUGAUUCAUGCUGAAAACAGCGACAUGAUUGAUAUGAUAACGACCCGACUCCUCCGCAGCUCUCGAACACUUCCUAAAUAUCACGCAAUCGCCCGUCCACAGAUUGCAGAGUCCGAAGCGACCAACCGCGCGAUUUCUCUCUCAACCCUGACCUCUGCACCGAUCCUGAUUGUCCACAUGUCUUCCCCCGUUGCCAUCUCGCACGCGCGCAAGGCCCAAUCGAAAUCUCUGCUCCCCGUGCACGCGGAAACGUGUCCUCAUUACUUGUAUCUCCUCUCCUCAAAACUCGCAGCUACGUCCGUUCCAGCUGCCCUCUCAGCAGACCCUCAUCACUCCCACGACCACGACCACGACCACGAGGAAGAAGUCCACGACGAAUGGGCCGGGGCCCGGCACGUGUGCGCGCCGCCACUCCGACACACCCCCGCGGACCUCCAAACGAUCUGGGACGCGAUACUGAACGGCACCAUCACGACCAUCUCCUCCGACCACGCUCCGACUCUGUACAACUCGCCCGGCGGGAAACGCAAGCCCCUGAUCGACGCCGCGGCAUCUCAAAGCGUGCCUACGUUCGCUCAGAUCCCGAACGGCCUUCCGGGCCUGGAGACACGGCUUCCGCUGCUCUUCGACGCCGCCACAAACGUCAACGCGCCCCGGUCGCGGCGCCUCUCUCUGCCCAAGUUCGUCGAACUGACGUCCACGAACCCGGCGCGUCUGUACGGCCUGGCCGGCCGCAAGGGCAGCAUCGCGCCGGGCUUCGACGCCGACAUCACCAUCUGGUAUCCUCCCGGACACAAAGACGUCGCGGGGGGGAUAACCAUCACCAACGACAUGUUGCACCACAGCAUAGACUACACGCCCUUCGAAGGGAUGAGCGUGUGCAAUUGGCCGCGCUACACCGUCUUGCGAGGCGAGCUCAAGUGGGACCGUGACGUCGAGCUACGGGAAGGCCACGGACGCGGCGUGCUGGGUGCCCCGACCGACGGUGCGUAUCUCAAGCGUGGCAAGGGGGAGGUGCUCGUCGGACGCACGGGUCAGCUGCCGCCGGGGAUGAGGGAUGGCGAGAGGGACGAAUGGGCUGCGUGGACGACACAUGCCCAGGUAACUUAG